AUUUAAGUAAGAGUCUUCCUCUAUCUCAAGAAGAAAAAGAUCCAGUAAAAAAUGGGAACUUUGAAUUCAUCCGUCGCCGGCGUCUUCACCGGCGGAGUAUUCAUAUACAUAAUAACGUUAUGUAUACUCAUCUCUUCAGAAGCUCACGGCCUGGAAAUUCGAGCCGUCAAUCUCGGCGGUUGGCUCGUCACCGAAGGAUGGAUCAAACCAUCUCUCUUCGAUUCCAUACCCAACAAAGAUUUCCUCGAUGGAACAGGGCUGCAGUUCAAAUCAGUGACUGUCGGAAAGUUUCUCUCCGCCGAGAACGGCGGAGGAGACAUUAUAGUCGCCAACCGCCCAUCUGCAUCCGGCUGGGAAACCUUUUCGUUAUGGAGGAUAAACGAAACCACGUUCCAAUUUAGGGUGUUUGGGAAACAGUUUGUGGGAUUGAAGGGCACCGGAAAUGGGUCGGAAUUGGUGACGACCGCCGUCGUGCCUGGAAGACUUGAGACGUUUGAGAUUGUUAGAAAGUCCGAUGAUUUGAAUCGAGUCAAGAUUAAAGCAAACAAUGGAAUGUUUUUGCAGGCCAAAACAGAGGAUAAAGUGACGGCGGAUUUCAGAGGAACGGGUAGUUGGGGAGAUGAUGAUCCUUCUGUUUUCGUUGUUACAAGAACUGGUGGGCCCCAAGGAGAAUUUCAAAUCACCAAUGGAUAUGGUCCAGACAAAGCACCCAAAAUCAUGAAUGAUCAUUGGAGCACUUAUAUAGUUGAAAGCGACUUUAAAUUCAUAGCAACAAAUGGUCUAAAUGCGGUUAGGAUUCCGGUCGGGUGGUGGAUUGCGAGCGACCCGACUCCUCCUCUGCCCUAUGUUGGGGGUUCUUUGAAAGCCUUGGACAAUGCUUUUGUGUGGGCAGAAAAGUAUGGGCUUAAGGUUAUUAUUGACCUACAUGCUGCACCAGGGUCUCAAAAUGGCUUUGAACAUAGCUCAUCAAGGGACGGUUCUAUCGAGUGGGGAUCAACUCGGGAAAAUAUUCAACAAACGGUUGAUGUCAUAGAAAAAUUGACUGCCAGGUAUGCCAAGAGUAGUAGUCUUUAUGCGGUUGAGCUAAUUAACGAGCCACGUGCUCCGGAAGUAUCAUUGGACGCUUUGAAAGAGUACUACGCAUCCGGUUAUGGUGUCGUGCGUAAGCACUCAUCCACGGCCUAUGUUAUCAUGUCGAAUAGAUUAGGCCCAUCGGAUCCUCAAGAACUUUUUGAUCUUGCAAGCGGCUUAAAAGGAUCGGUUAUUGAUGUUCAUUAUUACAAUCUCUUUGAAGACAAGUUUAAAGGUCUAACCGUUGAGCAAAAUAUCGAGUUCGUACAAAAUAAUCGGUCUCAAGAUGUGAAUCGGUUGACAACAUCAAAUGGGCCUCUCAUUUUUAUCGGAGAAUGGGUGGCUGAAUGGGAAGUGAAAAAUGCCAGCAAGGAAGAAUACCAAAGGUUUGCCAAGGCCCAAAUGGCUGUGUACGGAAGGGCUUCGUUUGGAUGGGCUUACUGGACUUUGAAGAAUGUAAAUAAUCAUUGGAGCAUGCAAUGGAUGAUCCAAAAUGGAUACAUCACCAUCUAGUUUGGGAUGAAUUUGAUAUACAUUUAAAGUCGAGAUCUUGACUCAAUCUCAAUGUAACUCAUACAAUCUUAUUAUUCUAAAUAAAUAUAACAUUC